AAAAAAAAAAAACAACAACAAGAAAUCCGGAGAGGCAGAAGAAUGACUUGCUCUCGAAGCGUGGCGAUUCCAACGGUCACAUUUCUUCACCGGGUCGUCCAAGAUGAGCGAGUCAGCCUCCGAAUCGGACUCUGGGUCUGCCCCGACCAGCGACAACAACAAUAACUUUAGCAGAAGCGUUCCCGAAAUCCCCAUCGAGAUCGUGAGCGAGGAAGAGAUGGCGCUGCUUGAAGCUGCGAUGGCAAUGGCCGUCGCUCGCUCAUGUCUCGCGUCCUCUCACUCUCACUUCCACAACAACGUGAGGUCCGUGCAUUCCAUCACCGCUCUCUCGAAGAGAGGCUUUCCGGCUUCCAAAGAGCAACCGGAUAUGGAGGAUUUCAGGACUGCCCGGAAGAAGACCCGCUUGCCCGAUUCGUACUUGCUUCGGUUUAGGAAGAACAGGGGCUUGUCCGCCACUGAUAUGACAUCCACGGAAUGGUGCGAAAAACGAAUGGAGUUUAUUCUCCUAGGCAACCGAAAAGUCAGUAGGGCUAUGAAAAUUGGUAUUGCUCGCCAUGCAGAACUUGAGGAAGAGGUUGUAAAGAAAGUCAAAAUUCGUGUGGAAUCAGAUGAAGAUAGAUGGGCUUUGAAGCUUUUAAAUUUUAUAACUGGUGUGAAUCAAUUAUUGUCUGACGGAUUGACUCGUGAGCUACCACUAAUAACUUGUAUGGAAGGUAUAUGGAUGGUGGGAGUGAUUGAUGAGAUUCGAAUGCCCGGAACAGAAACUGAAAGAAACCCGAUACUAGUUGACACGAAGACUCGUGUUCGACCUACGCUUCCUUCCGAACCACAACGACGAAAUGGAAGGCUUCAAUUAAUGUUUUACAAGCAUAUGUGGGACAAUUUAAUCGCUGAUAAUUUCCCCACCAAAAAAUUCUUUGACUAUUUCUCCUUGAUUCCCUAUGCUAUCUUAUCUGAAGACAUUGUUAAGAGAACUGCCCUCUUGGGGUUCCCUGCAAAGACCCUUGAGGAUAUGGUGAGGUACUACAAAAAUACAUGUAGCAUGCUUCCCCCUGCUCAAGAUCAGCUGUUAUUAAGGUAUGAAUGCCAACAAGAUAAUUCAGUGCUCGGUGAAGAUCAAUUCACACAUGACUCGGAUUGGCUCAAGAAACAAAUUAAUGGUAGUCUUGAGUUCUGGCGAGGAGAGCGCGAAGCAAGGUUCACUCCCGAAGAAGAGCGGUGGAAAUGUCGGGUCUGUCAAUUUGCUUCUGUCUGUCCUGCAAAUGCCAACCUCGAGACUACUGGUAUUUCAAGCCCCACAAACUCUACCCAAAAUGAUAAAUCAAGCCGCUAGAGACGCGCGUCGGCAAGUAGUCGUCUUAUUUCGGCCAUAAAUUGAGUUAAAACUGUAACCUCUGCAGUUUACUGACUCACUCACCGAGAAGCACUUGUUUUCAUUACCUGCUUCUCUGUGCCGGCUGUUUUAAUUUAUGUAGGAUGUGACCUGCAAAGUGCAUUACAUGGA